AUGCGUGCUGGUUGCAAUGUUUUUUUCUUUUUUUCAGGGAGGGGGUUGGAUGUGUCGGUGUCUAACUGGUUACUAUGUGGCCCUUUCUCAUCUUUGUUGUUGUUUGGAGGCUUCAUUUGCAAACGGAAAUUUUGGGCCGUGAAGUUGAUUCCGUGCCGCGGCACCGAAACCUCUCGGAAGGUCCUUACCUUCUCUGUACCUUCCAGUGGCAUCCGGUGCUACAGAUGUACUGCACUUCCCUUUUUCCCCUCCUCUAACUCUUUGCGGGCGCUAUGCAAAAGAAGUCCCAUGUCAGUGCUGAGGUUCUGGCAAGUGGGUAGGCGACGGCGCUUCAUUAGUCCGUUCACGCGGCUCAAGGCCUGGUGGAUGGGUAUCGAAGAUGCCAGUUUGCUCUCUCGCUACGGUGAGGAUGGACCGUUCCGUUCUGUGUGGAUAAAAUGGCGUGGUACAAUCAUCGUGGCUGCCUGCACUGCCGUGAUGUUUGGUCGAAUGGGCGAAACAAGCCGAAGCAACGAUAUAUUAGAUAAUAUUGAGCUCAAUCGCCAGCGGUACUACAAACGGGAGUUCGCGCCAGAGUAUGUUCCCAAUGCACCAGAAGCGGUGUAUGAUGGUCCCAAAGGUUACUCGUACCGUGACGAGGUGUCAGGGAUUAUGGUGAAUGCUGAUGGGAAGCUCACAUCAGAUCUCACGCGUGAGGAGCGACGCGCACGGCUGGAGCAAAGUGAAAUAUCUUCAGGGAUGGUGGAGGCGGCUCGGAGACUCCGAGAAAGUCCCAGAUAUCAGAGGAAUGAUUCUUAG